UGCCGGUGGGGUUUUUCCCCCCUUUAACGCAAGCAGCAGGGGUGGCCUUUAACACAAGCCUGGCCUUGGUGCUGCAGUCGCUGUCUCAACAUCCAGCAGCCGUAUCCACGUACCGAGCCGGCCGGAUUGGCUCGUUGCAGCGGACGAGGCACGUGGGAUCGGCAGAGCCAGCGAUGGGGAAGCACAACAGCAAGCUGGCACCGGAGAUGCUGGAUGACCUGGUGCGGAGCACGGAGUUCAGCGAGCAGGAGCUGAAGCAGUGGUACAAGGGCUUCCUCAAGGACUGUCCCACCGGCAUCCUCAACCUGGAGGAGUUCCAGCAGCUCUACAUCAAGUUUUUCCCCUACGGAGAUGCUUCUAAGUUCGCCCAGCACGCUUUCCGCACCUUCGACAAGAACGGUGACGGGACCAUUGACUUCCGGGAGUUCAUCUGUGCCCUGUCUGUCACCUCCAGGGGGACCUUUGAGCAGAAACUCAACUGGGCCUUCGAGAUGUACGACCUGGAUGGAGAUGGGAAGAUCACGCGCUUGGAGAUGCUGGAGAUCAUUGAGGCCAUCUACAAGAUGGUGGGGACUGUGAUCAUGAUGCGGAUGAACCAAGACGGGCUGACUCCCCAGCAGCGCGUUGACAAGAUCUUCACAAAGAUGGACAAAGACAAAGACGACCAGAUCUCCCUGGAAGAGUUCAAGGAGGCAGCGAAGAGCGAUCCCUCCAUCGUCCUCCUCCUGCAGUGCGACAUGCAGAAAUAGAGCCGGGGGGGGGGGGGGGGGGUUACCGCUGGGCUGGUUGAAGCCAACCUCUGCUCCCCGUGAUGGUUUCUACCCCCGUUGCCUAAUCUCCUGUCCCUGCCACAUGCAUGCUGCUUCCCGGAGCUUUACUCGGUGCCUGGUGGCACAGAUCUGCCGGGGAAACCGUUUUCCCUGCUCCGCUGAGUCUCCCCGCAUCGCUUAGCCCUGAUGUGAGCCAUGCUCCAUCCUUCCUCUGCCUCGCUCCUUGCUGUGUCCUGGGAAAAUCUGCCUGGUCCGGGGACUGCAGCUCUCCCUCAGCUGGUACCGCCGGCUCCAGAUGCUGCCGGCUGGAGCUGGCCCCACAGAUCAGCCCCCCGGGCCCAGCCCUGGCCUCGCCGCAGCGGUGCUCCCCACCGCCUGCCGGGAGCCCCCCAGCUCCCCGGGGUGACGCGCUUGAGGCCAACUGCUCCAGCACCCCGGCUGCUCGCUCCGCGCUCCCUCUGCUCCCUCCCUAGCUCCGCCUGGCCCGUCUCUUUCAUCCUACGCUUAAACCAGCUUUUUGGUUUUGCUUUCCACUCCCCCUGAUUGCUUGUGAGGCUUCCAGGGAGCCUGAAAGGCCCCGAGUCCUGCCCCGGCGUCUCCUUCGCUGGCGAUUCCCCGCGAGCCGUGCGGAGCGGCCAGGGCCGGUGCCGGGAGCUGCACCCUCGCCGCGGCUCGCUGCCCGGCUUUAGCCCUCCUGCCUCGUCGGGUGGGGAGGUGCGGAGGCAGGCUUUCACCCCGUGGGGCGCGGGAGCCUUGCGGACCCACGCGCUUCCCGGCCCGCGGAGCGGGACAGGGCUGCUGUGGGAACGGGUGCAUCCCGCGUCGGAGGCCGCAGAAAGGUCCGGAUGGGCCCCACACGCGUGGAGCCUCCUGGGAAGGGUGCGAGGACACAGUGACGGCACCAGAAGUGUAACUGCACCUCCCUCCCUGCCUGCUGCCUCCGUCCCCCUGCCCCACAGCAGGAAUACUGUCACUGAUCGGUGUUGAGUCUGCACGUCGUGGUGUUGAUGACUGUAGUAUCUGUUAGGCGACUGUGAAGUUGUUGUAUAUUUUUUUAAUGGAAAAAUAAACUGUGUCCCACGUG